UCGGCUAUAAAAUAACGACCCGCAUGAAAAAGCCCAUCUUCUGAUCUCUCUCCCUUUCUCUGAAAAUGGCGUCGUUGAGGAUGAUAGACAUCGCCGUUAACUUCACAGAUGGGAUGUUCAAGGGAAUGUACAAUGGCAAGAACUGUCAUGUCCCCGACAUAGCCACCGUCUUGAAUCGGGCUUGGUCUGCUGGAGUUGAUCGAAUCAUAGUAACCGGUGGAUCAUUACAAGAGUCAAGAGAAGCUCUUGCAAUUGCAGAAACUGAUGGCAGGCUGUUCUGCACAGUUGGGGUUCAUCCGACAAGAUGCAAGGAGUUUGAAGAGUCUGGGGACCCAGAGAACCAUCUCCAGGCUCUUUUGUCAUUAGCCAGAGAAGGAAUGCAGAAAGGGAAGGUUGUAGCAAUAGGCGAAUGUGGAUUGGAUUAUGAUCGACUUCACUUCUGCCCAGCUGACAUCCAGAAGAAGUACUUUGAGAAGCAAUUUGAAUUAGCACAUGCGACAAAGUUACCUAUGUUUCUACACAUGCGAGGAGCUGCUGAGGAUUUCUGCGAAAUUGUAGAGAAAAACAAGCACAGGUUCACUGGAGGAGUUGCCCAUUCAUUCACUGGUAGCGCAGCAGAUCGUGACAAGCUUCUGUCUUUCGAUAAAAUGUACAUUGGUCUAAAUGGCUGCUCGCUUAAGACAGACGAGAAUCUUGGCGUCAUAAAGGGCAUUCCAAUUGGGAGGAUGAUGAUCGAGACAGAUUCUCCGUAUUGCGAGAUAAGGAGCACCCAUGCGGGAAUUAAGUUUGUGAAGUCGACUUGGCCUUCCAAGAAAAAAGAGAAGUAUGAGCAGGAGUCUCUUGUCAAAGGCCGUAACGAACCUUGCCUGGUUCGCCAAGUCCUUGAGGUGGUGGCAGGAUGCAAAGAAAUUGAGGAUAUAGGCCAACUUAGCAAAACCUUGUACCACAACACUAGCAGGGUUUUCUUCCCUCAGGACUUGGAUUCUGCGGCAGAUGCUCUGCUUACAGGCUAACCAUGACAACCAACUGGAAGGAAAUGGCUUGUUUACCAUUUAUGGAAACCUUACAACCAUCUGAAUCUAAAGAUCACUACCAUUUAUGGUAUUCUACUUUCAGUAUAAGUGAAUUAUCCGAACGCCAAUCUACAAAAGGUUAUUACGUUAUUUUAAUAUUUCUAAUUAGGAAAAACCAUUUUUUUUGUC